AUGAAGAAGGUGGAAGAAAUUUUUAAGUUGGUGAACAGGUUGAAGCCAGUGCUGGUGAUGGUGGUGGUUCAGGUGGGGUUUGCUGGUGUUAAUUUGCUAUAUAAAGUGGCAGCAAGUUAUGGAAUGAGCUUAAGAAUCAUUGUUGCCUACAGAUUCAUCUUUGCCACUGCUUUUAUGAUUCCUCUUUCUCUCUUCUUCGAGAGAAGCAGAAGGCCUAAACUUACUUGGACAGUACUCUUUCAGGCAUUUCUCUCUGGAUUAUUUGGGGGAUCAUUAUCUCAAAAUUUGCACUUGGAAAGUAUAGCCUUAACUUCUGCAACAUUUGCUUCUGCCAUGAAUAAUCUUGUACCAGCCGUGACCUUCAUCUUAGCAAUCUCUUUUGGGUUAGAAAAGGUAGGACUAAAAACUCCAGCAGGAAAGGCAAAGUUGGUAGGAACAGUAAUGGGGAUUGGUGGAGCCAUGCUUUUCACUUUCUAUAAGGGAUCAGAAAUCAACAUCUGGAGAACACAAAUUGAUCUUCUAAAGCAUUAUCACUCAUCUCAUGGUCACCCUGCUUUGGGCUGUUUAUUAGCAAUGGGCACUUGCUUCUCUAAUGCCUCCUGGUUAAUCAUUCAGGCUAAAAUGAGUGAGAGAUAUCCAUAUCCUUACUCAAGCACAAUGUUGAUGUCCUUCAUGGCUUCAAUCCAAGCUGUUGUUUUCGCUCUUUCUGUUGAGAAAGAUUGGAGCCAAUGGAAACUUGGAUGGAAUAUUAUGCUACUCACAGCAGCUUAUGCAGGAAUAAUAGUAGCUGGGGUGCUGGUAACUCUACAGAUAUGGUGCCUGCGCUUGAGGGGUCCUCUAUUUGUUUCAAUUUUUAACCCUCUGAUGCUUAUAUGCACUGCAUUAGUUGGCUCUAUACUACUCAAUGAGAAACUACAUCUUGGAAGCGUACUAGGAGGAACAUUAAUAGUGUGCGGCUUAUAUGCAGUGUUGUGGGGUAAAGAUAAAGAGGCAAAGAAAAUGUCCCAACUGGUUCCAUCGAAAAAUCCUAAAGAACCAAUUGACAAUAUUAUCACAUCUCCAUGUGAUGAUGCUGGCUGCAACACCAAUCUUAACAUUGAUGAGAAGGUUUUAUCACUUAAUCCUAUAUUGUCUAGGCUCCUAUGUUUCCAGUAUCUGAGGCUUUUUCAAAAGCAGAAUCCAACCUCUUUUCUUAUUUGUUUAGGUUUACUGGGGAAAAAGGGAAGAUUUGUUGAGGCUUAG